CAGUUGAGCAUUGUGUAAGAAGCGUUCUGUGCGCUUUUGUCAAGGUCAAGUUCAAUUGAGUUUUGUAAUCGAAAAUGGUUCUAAUUUUUUUGGUGGCCCUGGUGGGGCUAUUGCUCUACGUUUACAAGUGGGCCACAGCCAGGCAGAAUGAGUUUGCGGACCGUGGCCUGCCCUUUGAGAAACCGUGGCCAAUUCUCGGCAAUAAUGCAGAUGUCGUGUUGAACAAGGCCUCGUUUCAGAAACUGGUCUCCGAGUUCUAUUCACGCACCCGACAACACAAAUUGGUGGGCUUCUUUAAUUUUCGCACGCCCAUGAUUCAAGUGAACGAUCCGGAGUUGAUUAAGAAGAUAACUGUCAAGGAUUUUGAUCACUUUCCCAAUCACCAGCUGUUCUUUACCACCGAGGAGCGUCUGGUCAACGAUAUGCUGAGCGUAAUGAAGGAUCAGCGCUGGAAGCAUAUGCGAAACACCCUCACACCCGUCUUCACCGCGGCCAAGAUGCGCAGCAUGUUCGGCCUGAUGAACGAUAGCUUUGCCGAGUGCAUGGAGCAUCUGGACAAGAUGGCCGAGACAGCUGUCAAGCCGGGUGAGGGCUUUGAGCUGGAACUGAAGGAGGUGUGCAAUCGGCUGUCAAAUGAUUUGAUUGCCACCACGGCCUUCGGUCUAAAGGUUAGCUCGUACAAGACGCCGAACAACGAGUUCUUCCAGAUUGGCCAAGCGGUGGCCUUCUUUCGCGGCAAGGCUUUGUACAAAUUUAUGCUGUCCACCACGCUGCCCUGGCUCUUCAAGCUGCUGGGCUUCAAGAUCUUUGACUCGGAGAAGACGGACUUUUUCAUACGCCUUGUUGUGGACGCCAUGAAGUAUCGCGAGGAGCACAACAUUGUGCGACCUGACAUGAUUCAGCUGCUGAUGGAGGCCAAGAAGGACGCAACGGAGAACUGGACCGACGAUGAGCUGGUGGCCCAGUGUUUCAUCUUCUUCUUUGCGGCAUUCGAGAACAAUGCCAGCCUCAUUUGCACCACAGCCUACGAACUGCUGCAGAAUCCGGAGAUACAGCAACGCCUCUACGAGGAGGUCAAGGAGACGCACGAUUCGCUGAAGGGCGAGCAGCUUAGCUACGAUGCCGUCACCAAGAUGAAAUACAUGGAUAUGGUUGUCUCUGAAUCCCUGAGGAAAUGGACGCUGGCCGCUGCCACAGAUCGCCAGUGCUCCAAGGAUUAUACGCUCUACGAUGACGACGGCUCAAAGCUGUUCGAGUUUAAGGUGGGCGAUCGCAUCAAUAUACCCAUUGUGGGUCUGCAUCUGGACGAUAACUAUUUCCCCGAACCGCACGCAUUCAAACCGGAACGUUUCAGCGACGAGAACAAGGAUCAAAUCGUGCCCUACACGUAUCUGCCCUUCGGUGCGGGUCCCCGCAAUUGCAUAGGCAAUCGCUAUGCUCUGAUGCAGGCCAAGGCCAUGUUAUACAACCUGAUGCUCAAGUACAGAAUCGAGCGCUCGCCCAAGACGGUCAAGGAUCUGUUGAGCGAUUCCCGCGGCUUCCAGCUGACACCACAGAGCGGCUACUGGGUGCAUUUGGUGCCGCGCAAGUGAAGGAAUUAAAAAGCUCACACAGAUUGUUGUUCGAUAAAAUACACAUAUGUAUAUUAUAUAUAUAUAUUA